GUGGUGUUUAUUCUUCCUUCCGUGUUAGUAUGUAAUGUCAAUCUCUGUGUUUUUCAACCGGGAUGUAAUUCACGCUGCCUGAACAUACAGUGGUAGCUAACCCGGAUUCACGUGAUAAUCAACGAACCCUUGUGCAAAAACUAUAACAUGUACCAAGAAAUAUUUCACAAUGGAAGAUUAUGCCUGGCAGUGUAACAAAAGUCUACCUGAGUGCUUUAAACAUGUGUUCAGUAAUGAAUUAUUUUGUGACGUCACACUUUAUGUGGGCUCAAGCAGGGAGGCUGUCCGCGCCCAUAAACUGGUUAUUUGUUCUCGUAGCCCGGUAUUUUAUGCCUCAUUUGAAGGUCCACUAGCUGAAAAGGGACAAAUAGUCAUUACAGACAUCGAAAAGGAAACCUUCCAGCAGUUUCUUCAAUAUCUUUACACAGAUGAUGUCAAAUUAACAUACGAAAACGUGACAUCUAUUCUAUAUUGUGCACGAAAAUAUUGUGUCGAUAGAUUAACUAAACGAUGUGAAAUAUUCAUGGAGGAUAAAAUUGACAUCGAAAACGUAUUUGGAAUACUAGAAGAGGCUCAUACUUACGGACUACUAGCUCUGAAAGACAAAUGCGUGAAAUUUUUGGUAACAAACAUUCACGGGGCGCUUUUAUCAGAAUCAUUCAGAAACAUCUGCAGAGGUUGUGUUGGAACAAUUCUUAGCAUAGAAAGUUUAAAUAUAGACGAGGAGCGUUUAUUUGAAAAUAUUCUAUGCUGGGCAGAAGCUGAAUGCUUGCGAAAAGGCUUAGCAAUCACGGAUAAAAACAAGAGAAGUGUCUUGGGAAAUGAAAUAAGGUCGAUACGUUUCCCUGCUAUGACCUCCGAUUAUUUUGGGAAAAAGGUAGCCAGCUCAGAGUUGCUGGAUGCUGACGAAGUCAUUGACGUGUUUUUAUAUAAUUUUAGCAGAAAUGAUGGCGACAGGGGACACUCAAUGUUUGAGACAGCCUCAAGAAGUUACAGACAAGUUUUAAGAUUCCGUAAAACCCUUCGAGAAAGACAGGCUUCCGAUGAUAAAAAUGAAAUAGCAUUUGAAUGCAGUAUUCCAGCAACUCUUCACGGCGUGUGUGUCUAUACCCCAAAGGAGGAAUAUGAAACACAGGUGGUUUCUGUGGACGUGUUCGAUCACGAGAAAUCAAGCAUAGCCAGUGUGGACACCCAUGUGUUUGAGCACUCUAGUGAUAAGAUUCACGACGUGUUCUUGAAUAAACCAGUAAGAUUAGUUCCAAAUAAACGAUAUACAGUAACUACCAGUAAUUCCUACUGGGUAAAGUCCUUUUAUGGGACGCGGGGAAGACAGUGGGUGUCAUUUAGAAAUGGAACGGUUACUUUUUACAACUCUGCUUUAUCUGAGAACUCAGACUCGGAUUCGGAUUCGGAUUAUUGGUUGAAUACUUCAGUAGACAAAGGGCAGAUACCUGGACUUUUGUUGUCUUGAAACUCAACUGACGCAGAUUUAUGAAACUUUAAUAACCGUUUUUCUUUGUCGAACAGUCUAGAUUCUGAAUUUCAGAAGGUUAUUAUUUUGUUGACGAAGAAUAUAUAUUUCUACAAAUACAUAUGUUUUUCAAACAUGCAUCCAA